AUUAGGAAAAAGAAAACACUUGGGAGUAAUGCUAUCUUAUCUGAUUAUAAUGUAAACCAAAUUACAUUACUGGCUCGUGUUUAGUUCGAUUUUAGUCAAACCCUAGACGCUGAAUCAUAUUUAUAUAGUAAUUAAUCUAUCUUAAACGUUCAUCGAUAAAAGUAUUAAAAUAAAUUGCUUUCAAGUUUCAAGAUUAUCGGAUUUACAUUGACAAGGCAUCGGAGAAUCGGGGACGAAUCGAUACACAAAACCAACAAACAUGAAGAUCAUGGUGGCUAUAAAGCGUGUAGUUGACUACGCCGUGAAGAUCCGAAUCAAAUCCGACAAGACUGGAGUAGAGACAUCAAAUGUGAAGAUGUCGAUGAACCCUUUUUGCGAAAUAGCUCUUGAAGAAGCUCUUAAGAUCAAGGAAUCCAAACUUGCUUCAGAGGUGAUUGCUGUAAGUAUCGGCCCAGCUCAGUGCGUCGACACUCUCCGAACCGGCCUAGCCAUGGGCGCCGAUCGUGCGAUUCACGUCGAUGCACCAUCUACCCUAUUCCCACUUUCAAUCGCUAAGAUCCUCAAAGCGCUUGUCGAUGUUGAAAAGCCUGGGCUUCUAAUUCUUGGCAAACAGGCGAUUGAUGAUGAUUGCAAUCAAACAGGUCAAAUGGUGGCUGGGCUUCUAAACUGGCCACAAGGGACAUUUGCUUCUAAGGUUGUUUUUGACAAAGAGAAGAAUGUAGCAACAGUUGAUAGAGAGGUGGAUGGUGGCCUUGAAACUUUGUGUUUGGAUUUACCUGCGGUUAUCACAACCGAUUUAAGGCUAAAUCAACCAAGAUACGCGACACUUCCAAACAUAAUGAAGGCAAAAUCAAAACCAAUCAAGAAAAUAACACCAGAGGAAUUGAAGGUUGAAAUAAGAUCGGAUAUGGAGGUUUUACACGUGAAAGAGCCUCAAAAGAGAAAAGCGGGUGUUAUACUUUCUUCUGUUGAUGAAUUAAUCGACAAACUUAAAAACGAAGCCCAUGUAAUCUAAAACAUUUCUAUGUACGUUUGUUACUUCAAGACUUAAAAAAGUCAUCAACUCACAAUCUACUUUUUCAUUUCUACUUUUAUAAUUUCACGUCACUUGACCAAAAUAUAAUCGUCAUCCACGUGUAGAGAAUGCUCUUUUUUAUCUCAACUUUUUAUGAAAACCAUAAACUUUGAACACAAAAAAUAUAAAAAUAAUAAAUAAUAAAGUUUUUAGGGAGGCAUAAUUGAGUGAUGGCAGAGAGGAGACAAGUGAGAAAGGGGGGAAAAUAAAAGGAAGACAAAGUGGGAUUGAUGCUUUGAUGGUGUUUGUUUGAGUUCAGAGAGGUCAAAUGGAACAUGUUAUGAAAUGACCUCUGGAGAGUGGAAUGGAAUCCCCAAAACCUGCAAUAAUUUUACAUUUGUCUCCUGUUAUUACCCUUUCUUAAUUUUGUUUUUUUCCCCUUUGUCCAUCAAAGGGUAAAAUGGAAGCAGAAUGUACAGUCUUGUCUUUAUCUACACUUGUGAAAUAUUUGGAAAAAAAAAAAACUGAAUAAGUGUAUUGAGAAGAUGUGAACAAAAGGUCUAUUUUUUUUUUUUUUUUUUUCGUUGAUAAAAUCAAAUCAAUGUAUGUGGGGCCAAAAAAAAAA